UUCAUCAAUUCAAAGUAAAUCCAAUGGCAAGGAGCACCCCAUUCAUCUUCCUCAUCACUCUCAUCUCCUCCUCAACUUUAGCAAAGGCGACCUACAACAUUGUGGAUUUCGGAGCACAGCCCGAUGGGCUAACCGACUCAUCCGGCCCAAUUACGAGCGCAUGGGCCAAGGCCUGCAGCUCAGUGAGGCCCGCUUCGGUCUACAUACCGGUCGGAACCUUCUAUGUCAGUAGGCUUACGCUGAAAGGCCCAUGCAACAACACCGAUAUUCGUAUCUACAUCCACGGCACUCUAGUUGCUCCUGUAGGUUACAAUACAGAUGACCGUUGGAUCGGUAUCCAGUUUGUCGACGGCGUAUCGGUCUACGGCGGCGUGUUCGACGGGCGAGGACAGCGGUUAUGGAGCUGCAAGCUCGCCGCCGGGUACAGCUGCCCUUUAGGCGCCACGGUGAGUUUAAAAAACCCGUUACAGAUUCUAACGAUCGGGCCGAUGGAUUACGAGCUAACAAUAUGCGUAUAUAUGUUUGCUCAGUCGAUAGCGAUCAGUCGCUCCCGGAUGGGAGAAGCCGAUCAAGUUACCAUCACCGGAUCCUACAUCAGGACCGGGGACGAUUGCGUCUCUAUGGGCCCGGGGUCCACUAACGUUUGGAUCGAGGGCAUCCACUGUGGGCCAGGCCAUGGUGUAAGCAUUGGGAGCCUAGGGAGCACAGCGCAGGAGCCAGGGGUGCAGAACGUAACAGUCAAGUCUGUCGUGUUCACUGGGACUCAAAACGGUCUGAGGAUCAAGACGUGGGCCAAGCCCAAUACUGGAUUCGUGCAACGAGUUAAUUUUCAGAAUGCGAUCAUGAGGAACGUACAAAAUCCCAUAAUCAUUGAUCAAAGCUAUUGCCCGGGAGCAAUUAAUUGCCCCACUCAGAGCUCGGGCAUUAGGAUUAGCCAGGUGACGUACAGCAAUAUUCAAGGAUCGUCGGCGACUCCGGUGGCCGUAAAAUUCGACUGCAGCCCGAGCAACCCGUGCAACGGAAUCGGACUACAGAACGUGAAUCUCACUUACGGCAGGACCCCCGCGCAGUCUCUUUGUAGGAAUGUUGCCGGGAGUACUACUUCUGGAAUUGUAGUUCCACCAAGUUGCUUCGGGACUUGACGUAAAGGAGGGAAAGUUUGGGGAGGAGAAUGUAAAAAUGACGCAUAAUAGAGUUUGAUAAUUAAGCACGUGUAAUUUAGAGAGGGAGAAGCGAAAUGUAAUGUAAUGUAUCACGAUGUAAAAUGUAUUAUAAAUUG